AUGGCAGGCAAGGGUAAGACAGUCGUGAGGACGCUGGAGGAUUUAACGCUUGAUUCUGGUUAUGGUGGAGCCGCGGACUCGGUCAGGUCGUCCAGCGUGUCGCUGUGCUGCUCCGACACGCAUCAAUCCUUCUCGCAUGGGGGCAACUGCUGGCAUCUGACGGAAUCCAUGCACAGCAGACACAACAGUUUGGACACAGUCAACACCGUCCUGGCGGAGGACACGGAGAUACUGGAGUGCUCGGGUCAGUGCGCCAAACUGCCCGAGCUGGAGGACGUGCCAUGGAGCCUCGGCGAGGUGGAGGGCGCACUGAGGAAAGACGAGGAGCUGAUGGUGGGCGACCCGCCGCCGGAGGUCCUGGCGCGGCUGUCGGCUCUCGUCAGCCGCGCGCUGGUGAGGGUGGCCCGGGAGGCGCAGCGGCUCAGCCUGCGCUACGCCAAGUGCACCCGACAUGAGAUCCAGAGCGCCGUCAAGGUGGUGCUCUCGUGGACCAUCUCCGUCAACUGCAUCACGGCAGCUCUGAGCGCCCUGUCCCUUUACAACAUGAGCACCGGGGACAAGUUCAGCCGAGGCAAGUCGGCGCGCUGCGGGCUGGUCUUCUCCGUGGGGAAGUUCUUCAGGUGGAUGGUGGAUAGUCGGGUGGCCCUCAGGAUCCACGAACACGCUGCCAUAUACCUCACCGCCUGCAUGGAGAGCCUGUUCCGGGAGGUGUUCGGCCGCGUCCUGCGCAGCGCGCUGGUGGAGAGGGACAACGGGAUCCCAAAGUUUACGCUGGAGUCACUGGAGCAAGCCAUCAACAGCGACUCGGAGAUCUGGGGUCUGCUGCAGCCCUACCAGCACCUCAUAUGUGGCAAAAAUUCGAGUGGUGUGCUGAGCCUGCCGGAGAGUUUGAACCUGCACCGGGACCAGCAGCGCUCCGGGAGGGGCGGAGAGGGCCACGGGUACACUCAGGCCGAGCUCCGCACGCUGGAACAGUCGCUGCUUGCAACCCGGGUGGGCAGCAUCGCUGAGCUGAGUGAUUUGGUAUCCCGGGCCAUGCACCACCUGCAGCCGCUGCACAUCAAAAACCCCAGCAAUGGGACUCCGGUCCACCAGAAGACCAAUACGACAGUGCACUGGGAGCCCGAGGCCCUCUACACCCUGUGUUACUUCAUGCACUGCCCACAGAUGGAAUGGGAGAACCCAAACGUUGAGCCCUCCAAAGUCACCUUACAGACUGAGAGGCCUUUCCUGGUACUGCCGCCGCUGAUGGAGUGGAUCCGGGUUGCAGUCGCCCACACUGAGCACCGGCGAAGCUUCUCUGUGGACAGCGAUGACGUGAGGCAGGCCGCCAGGCUGCUGCUCCCUGGUGUGGACUGCGAGCCACGACAGAUAAAAGCGGAGGAUUGUUUCUGUGCCACCAGAAAGCUGGACGCAGCCUCCACAGAGGCCAAGUUCCUGCAGGAUCUGGGCUUCAGGAUGCUCAACUGCGGACGGACGGACCUGGUCAAGCAGGCCGUGAACCUGCUGGGGCCUGAUGGCAUUAACAGCAUGAGCGAACAGGGAAUGACCCCUCUCAUGUACGCCUGUGUCCGCGGCGACGAGGCCAUGGUCCAGAUGCUGCUCGACGCCGGAGCCGACAUCAACAGCGAGGUGCCAAGCACAGUACACAAGCACCCCUCAGUUUAUCCUGAAACGCGCCAGGGGACGCCACUCACUUUCGCCGUGUUACACGGACACGUCCCUGUCGUGCAGUUGCUGCUGGAUAAUAGAGCAAAUGUGGAGGGCGCCCUGCAGGAUGGGGCGGAGAACUACACAGAGACCCCGCUUCAGCUGGCCGCCGCUGCAGGUAACUUUGAGUUGGUGAGCUUGCUUUUGGAAAGAGGGGCAGACCCCAUGAUUGGGACCAUGUGUCGAAAUGGCAUCUCCUCUGCCCCGCUGGGAGACAUGAACUCAUACAGCCUGGCAGCAGCACAUGGCCACAGGAAUGUCUUCCGGAAGCUCCUGUCCCAGUCGGAGAAGGAAAAGGGCGAUGUGCUGUCGCUGGAGGAGAUCCUGGCCGAGGGUUCGGAUCCCGGGGAGAAGAGGUUGGCUCUGCAGGCCAACAGUGGAGGGACCCUUCGAACAGGAAAGGCCAAACUGAGAGCCCUGAGAGAGGCCAUGUACCAUAGCGCAGAGCACGGCCAUGUGGACAUCACCAUAGACAUCCGCAGCUUAGGCGUUCCCUGGACGCUGCACACCUGGCUCGAGUCCCUGCGUACCUGCUUCAUCCAACACCGCCGGCCGCUGAUCCAGGGCCUGCUCAAAGACUUCAGCUGCAUCCAGGAGGAGGAGUACACAGAGGAGCUGAUCACGCACGGCCUGCCGCUCAUGUUCCAGAUCCUCCGAACCAGCAAGAACGAGGUGAUAAGCCAGCAGCUGUCGGUUAUUUUCACCCAGUGCUAUGGGCCCUUCCCCAUCCCUAAGCUGACAGAGAUCAAGAAGAAACAGACCUCGCGCUUAGACCCUCACUUCCUGAACAACAAGGAGAUGUCUGAUGUUACUUUCCUGGUGGAGGGGAAACCGUUUUAUGCACAUAAAGUUUUGCUGUUUACAGCUUCACCCAGGUUCAAGUCGCUGCUCCAAAACCGACCAGCAGCAGAAAACACCUGUAUUGAGAUCAGCCAUGUCAAGUACAAUAUAUUCCACUUGGUUAUGCAGUAUCUUUACUGUGGAGGCACUGAGUCCUUGCACAUACGCAACACUGAAGUUAUGGAGCUCCUGUCUGCAGCCAAAUUCUUCCAACUAGAGGCCCUUCAGAGACACUGUGAGAUCAUCUGCUCCAAGAACAUCACCACCGAAACCUGCGUGGACCUGUACAAACACGCCAAGUUCCUUGGUGCCACGGAGCUUACGGCUUUCAUCGAGGGCUAUUUCCUGAAGAACAUGGUGCUGCUAAUUGAAGUCGACAGCUUCAAGCAGCUUCUGUACGAACCUCCCCCCGUCGAUAGCCCGGUGUCCAGCCCUGGCAUCUGCUCCGACAUCCUCCACGACCUGGAGAAGACUCUGGCCACGCGCAUCCACUCCAUCCACCUCUCCACCUCCAAGGGCUCUGUGGUGUAACAAACGUCCCCUCCGGGGCCUCCUGAUCCAGCCACAGCAUCAAUGUAACACCCACCCAGCGUCCUGCUAUACAGCCCCUUCGUCCUGUUCUGGCCCCAUUGCUGAAGAGGAGUUUUUAUGUCAGGGAUUCCCUUUAAUUCUGCCUGUUUCAGCCACCUGAGUUUUAAUUGUGGCACACGUGUCUAUAUCAGAGAGACAGAACUUUCUUGUCUUGUCAGAGGCUUGAACUCGUUGUCCCAAUGCCUCCCACUGAUCACUUCACACCCCAUUCAGUAGGAGAAACAACUGACCUGACCCAGCAGUAUCACUUAGACGUAACCAUGAUUAUGAAACUUUCUAUUGUAUUUCAUAUAGAAUAAAUGCAUGAAAUACAUACUUCACACCUGAAUUUUAACUCAAUAAAAGCAGCUUUCUCAUCAUCUCUGAUAUGAGACUUUGGUUUACAAAUAACAUCACUUUAUGGAAGUGGAUGCCAUUGCAGUAUAAAGUUUCACACAUGCCAAAACAUAAAUAUAAUCCUACUAUACAACCAAUAAAAGUGAUUAGUAGCAAUGCCAGCAGACGGACUUUUAGGUGGACUUAUAUGAACUUCUAUACAUUUCAUUCUGUCACUUCUAUGUUGGAUACGUUUCACUGUGUUAUAUCUACUAUGUGCAGAGGCCAAACUGAUCACAGGAACUUCCACCGCGGCCGACACUGCAGCGCUGAUCCGACUAAAGACGGCCCACUCAGUGAAAUCUAUGCUGACGUAUGCUUGAAACAUGGAUGUCCAACUGGGGAAUGAACUUGCGAUAACCCCGCGAACACUGUCGUUUUUUUUUUUUUUGCAUGACACCUCCUCAACUGAGCUGCCCUGAUAUUUGCUUUUUAUGCAGAGCUUACUUCACGGACCACUUUCGCCAAGGGGAAGUAAGGGAAAACGCUGCUUAUGAACUUUGUAUCCACUGCAAAACAGACUGAUCUGAGUGGAAUCUGGAGAUAGAUUUGAUUUAAAGAUACUUAAGGCAAAGUGUAAAUACGUCCCGAAAGUCAUUGUGCUGGUCGUUCUUUUUUUUAAAAUCUUAACUGAUGUACAGUAUUCUCCUACGCUCGCUUGGCUGACGACACCAGUCUCAUUGAAUGUGCUCCCUGAACAGUUUGUUCCUGCUGUAUGUCUCUGUUUAUGCAAGGUUGCAUGUUUAAUCUGUUUGUAUGACUCCUCUGUUUCGCGUUAGGUGUGCUUUCUGUGUAGGGCAGAGUAGGGUGUCGAUUGUUCCAGUUAAAGUCCAAUCAAAGGAUGUUCCCCUACAUUAUUUUGCUAUUUCUGGUAUAUUCCCAAUUAUUAUUAUUAUUUUAAAGUCACUUUUUGUUUCAGACCUCACCUCACAUCUCAAUUUCUCAGUAACAUCAGCAAUGAAUUUAUUAGACACAUAAUAGGCAAUGUCACGUGACUCGCAAAGUGGGUUUCUAUCCACCUGUUUUUAUCCGCAUUUUCAAUUUGGACAUAAAAACCCCUGACUGAAUGAGCCAGAAACUCAAAAAAAAAAGUGACAGGGGGUGGAGGCUAAAGAUUACAGUUUUGAGAAAACUAGAAGCACAAUAUGACGCUUCAAAGAAUUUGCAUUUGGAUUCUGGGUCGAAUUGACAUGAAUUCAGCAACUGUGAUGCCACGUUUUGUUGCGAAUUUCAACGACGAAGCGAUCUGAUUUCACCACUGCUCUGGUUCUCGCUUCUGACUGGCUUUUUCUCCACGGCAACAGCAGCCGCAGCCCAUGUAGACUGACAGAAACCUGAUUUCUCAGGGAAAGGGAGCAGAAAUCCUUUGAAAUGGGAGGAAAGAAUGGGGGGGGGGGACUCUUGAGGAAACAGCAGCUCCUCACGCUUUGCAGCUCCAUGGACCGUCAUCAGUCAUCAAAUUCACAAUGUGAAACAGCACAUCUUCAUACCAAAGCCAAACAAAGGGGGGAGCUAAAUCCCAAACACCUGAGUCAAUUACCACAUGAAUAAGUGAAAAAAGGGAAAAAAAUUUAAACUUUUUUUGAGGAAUGAUGAAAUGGGCAGUGCAGGAUGAAGUUAUUUUAUUCAAUUUUUUCAAAAAAGUUUUAAAAAAAUGAGUAUGGGAGGCAGACCAGACGAUAGCCAGUCCAUGUUUCAUAACCAAGUUUCAUUUUUAUUCUGUUUAUUUCAACAUUCUGGUGUUUAAGUCAGUUAUUGAUGGGGUAAUCGGCUCAAGGGUUUUGAGAUCCGGUUCCCCUUUCUGAUUGGAUGUUACAAACCGUGGCGUUAGUAUAAAGAUGUGUUGUUUCAUCUUGUUAAUUUGAUCCCCGACGAAGGUCCGUGACCGAAAUGUUGCGUUGGGUUCUUUUUGUUCCAUAAGGUUGCAUUUUCCUACACACCUGCCCCACCUGCCGUGCAUUAGAUGACACUUAUCAGUUCUAAAAAGGACCAAAUGCUAAACCAAAUGCUAAAACCUGUUAUUCAGCAGCAGCCCCGGAGCACCAGCCCUGCUGUUUAAUAGUGCAGUUCAACAGUAUUUGAGGAAACCUCCAACUGACGUGACCAUGACCCUCUCACUCGGACAAAGAGCAUCUCAAUUUAGGAGGAAAUCCCUCGGCUCCUCAACAUUUUGUGAAUGUAACAAUUCAACAAAAAGUUGAAUAUUUACAAAAUGUGCAAUUGUCGCCAGUCCAGCAAAAAAAACCCAAAAAAAACAACAAAAAAGAUGCUUCCCCUCUGUUUCUAACGGCUUACAAUGCAAAUGUCUCGGAAGUGUCCUCAUACUUUGUGGUGGUUGUUUCUACAUUAAUCCGGCUGUACCUUUUUAGAUUAGAGACAAAUCUUAUCACAUAAAAUGUUGUAGCACACUCAAAAUUACUUAAAUAUUUGUUUUGGGCCAAAAAACCAUUGUAAGAGAAACAUAUAGGCAUAUAUGAGUUGGUUUUAAGUUCUGUAAAUAGUUACAGAAAAUGAAAUAUAGAUGUUAUCCUACGACUUUAUUUUCUUACCUACAUACAUAGCACUAUAUAUUUUAUUUUACAUUCCACAGCUAUUUUGUUUUACAAAAGAGAAAAAGAUUAUAUAAAAAGAUGCUUUAAACUUUAGAAAUCAAGCAAUAUUUCCAUUAGGUUGUAUUACGUUGACUAGUACAAUGAAUUAUAUGCCACUGGAUAUGGAGCUACAGUAUAAAUGUGAAAUGAAAGACACACAACAUAGACAAACGAGUGACUGAAAAAAGCCUGAAUAUACUAUUUUUGUGACAUCCCAUGGUGUAUUUUCUUUUAAAUGUAUCUCACUCACUUUAAAACAAUAUUUCUAACUUAGUCUAGACUGCCAGUCUGUUGCUUUUUACCCUGAUAGCUUUAAUGAGGCUGUUAUUUAGACCAACUCUGGUUGAGAUAAUUCAAUUUUACAACAUAUUUGGCUUAAUCCUGAAUCAUUAUACACGCCCACAUUUAAACUGACACUUGGUAUUUAAAUGUGAAAUGUAACUUAAAGAUGCAAACCCUUUUGUCUCCACAGAGGUGAAAAGGUUCAUUAUGAUGUCAAGCACUUUCGGUGCCAGUGUUGCUGUAGCCUCAACACACAAUCACAAGCAUAAGUCUUUUAACCAGUAAGCUUAAGUUUAAGUCUAAACAUAGGUUUAACAUUAAAAGAUGAGAAUAAGCCAAAAGGCUUUGAGCUUAUCUCUGGCUUUAUUAGUCUUAAUGUUAUGUCAUUAGCAAAAGACUAACUUCAGCUUUCCCCCUGUCCUGGCGCUUUCGAUUCGAAACCCGGGUCAAAGCCGUAGAGUAAAUGUCGGUUCGCAUGGCUCUCCUUGUCUAAUGUUGUUGAGAAUGUGCUCUGUGCACCAGCUUUGUCCAACAAGACUCUCCCCUUAAGUUGUCUCAGCAUUUAUUUGCCUGCGUAUUUGUUCCUGGUAAUAAACAACAUUUCUCCUAGAAGCAGUGGAAACGUGCAUGGGACGUUCACUAGAUUUCAAAUCCA